CGAGAAUGGUGUUGCUGUUUCAGAUACUGUAUAUGUAAAAACGUGUGUGUGUGUGAGGGGGGUGCUCGGGGGAUAAAUACGGUGAUGAAGAGUGAGCGAGAGGAGGGGGAGGAGCAGAGAGAUGAAUCCUUUCUGUAAUCCUCUAGACACACGCUCGGUCUGGCUGCCUACUAGCUCUGAGAGCAAGAGAGCGAGAGAGAGCGAAAGCGAGUCAGGUGGUGGAGGGUGCAAACAGAGGAACCAAGUGAGAAUGAGAAGAUGAGGUGAGGAAAAGAAAGGAGAGCUGCCUCUUGUUAAGAGAAAGAGAGAGGAAGAGAGAGAGUGGAGGCAGUGAGUUGGUAAAGGAGAGGCGAAACCACCAAAGGACUCUUGCAGAAGCAGUGGAGACAGUGGUGGAGGAAGGCAGGAGGGGGGUGAUGCCUCUCUUCAACGCUGCCUGAACCACAACCAGGAGAGAGGGAAGUAUUACUCCAGCUUGGAUGAGAGGAGGAGAAACUGAAGAUGGGAGGGGGAUCCAUAUUUCUUUUCAUUCGGGCUCACGUGAGUGUGUGGACAUGACCCCGGUUUGGUGUGACAAGCUGCUCUCAAUGAGUGAGUGGAGGCAGAGUGUUAGUAUUUGGGAGAUGGAUGCUCAUUGGCUCUAAUUUCGCCUGCUUCUUGAAAAUCAUCUGGAGACGAGACGAGUGUGUGAUUGGACGCAAACAGGUGCACUCACAGGAAAAGUGUGUUACCCUCGUGGACGGCGGGUUCGCAACACCACAUUAACCUGUACUGCCUCACCGUCACGCUCAAGUGGACUCAAAGAAGAGACAAACACCAAUCCUGGUGUCUUAUUGAAAGGUCGAGGAUCAGCCUUAUCAGCCCUUUCCCCAGUGGAUGCCUCCAAACCGCAACCAUGGGAGAAUGGACCAUCCUCGAGCGCCUCUUGGAGGCCGCCGUGCAGCAGCACUCUACUAUGAUAGGAAGGAUCCUGCUGACGGUGGUUGUGAUCUUCCGCAUCCUGAUCGUGGCUAUUGUAGGCGAGACGGUGUAUGAGGACGAGCAGACCAUGUUCAUCUGUAACACCCUGCAGCCGGGCUGCAACCAGGCAUGCUAUGACAAGGCCUUUCCUAUUUCCCACAUUCGCUACUGGGUAUUCCAGAUCAUACUGGUGUGCACGCCCAGCCUGUGCUUCAUUACCUACUCCGUCCACCAGUCGGCCAAACAGAGGGACCGACGCUACUCGUUUCUUUAUCCCAUAAUGGAGCGGGACUACGGGGCAAGGGAUGGGGCGCGAAAGCUCCGCAACAUUAAUGGAAUUUUAGUUCAGCACGGUGGCGACGGUGGCGGAGGGAAGGAAGAACCUGAUUGCUUGGAAGUCAAGGAGAUCCCCAAUGCCCCACGAGGCCUCACGCACAGCAAAAGCUCCAAAGUACGUCGACAAGAAGGGAUCUCACGGUUUUACAUCAUUCAAGUGGUGUUCAGAAACGCACUGGAGAUUGGAUUUUUGGCCGGCCAAUACUUCCUCUAUGGCUUUAGCGUGCCUGGGAUUUUCGAAUGUGACCGCUACCCGUGUCUGAAGGAGGUGGAGUGCUAUGUGUCCAGGCCCACGGAAAAAACGGUUUUCCUGGUCUUCAUGUUUGCCGUGAGCGGCAUUUGCGUGGUGCUCAACCUGGCCGAGCUCAACCAUCUGGGUUGGCGCAAGAUUAAAGCGGCCAUCAGGGGCGUCCAAGCCCGCAGGAAAUCCAUUUGUGAGAUCAGGAAGAAAGACAUGGCGCAUCUGUCCCAACCGCCCAACCUGGGGCGCACACAGUCCAGUGAGUCAGCCUACGUCUGAUGGUGAAGAGUAGAGGAAGAGGAGUGGGAUGAAUGUGCGAGUGUGAGAAUGAAGUCAUUAUGAUUUGAGUGCAAUGAAGAUAUACCGCAGUGGUCCAACUAGAUGAAUGACUUUCUGUGAUGAUGGAAUGACAACCAAGCGUCCAUCUUGAUCACUUAGAGAACCGAGUCAGGACUCUAAGACUCAUGAUGAACACAUUUGAAUCUCAUUUUGGAGACUGACUGCCAUUUUUUACUACGAGCUCCUCAGCCCUCUUGUCUCUCGUAACUGGGAGAGACAAAUCCUCGCAGGGCUGGACAGGGAACAAGCAACUGGGGCUGCUUUGUGUUAUUUGGGGAUACUGCGGGAGAAGAUGGCAGUCUUUUGACGCAUCCCAUGGUGCUUUUCUGGACUAUGUCAGCUUCCCUGAAAAAAGGGACGGGACAGGGAGGAUGAGCGGCAACGGCACGAAAAGAAGGAACGGAAGACCUGUCAGAGGCAGGACGGGAGAAAGGAGGCGAGUUGGUGAGUGUGAGAGACUGGGGAGGGGGGACAUGACGCUUUGGCAAAACGUGUGAAUGGGGGGGGAGCGUGUCUCAGUGGCUUCCUCCUGCGGCUGAAAGUGAAGCCAAGCGAGAAGGAGCUGCUUCUGAUCAUCGUCACCCCCGUCCAAGCCAAAGCCAAGAGAAGAAGAAUGAUGGUGUUUAUGUUUUGUCUCUUGGCAAAAUAUUAUUUUAACACAAACACAGCUAGUACCAUGAACACAUUUUUUUUGCUCCUCUUCCCCAUCUCUCGCUCACUCUUACACCAGAGUUGGCAGCUAUGUAGAGCCCAGAGGGGCUUUGGAUGACAGUAAUGACCCUCGCUGUUCUCCUUCUACGUAGAUGUUGGAGAGGAACGAAUGAACACAUGGGCUUGGUGUGUGAACGUUUGUCUCUCCCAAAGCACAAACCAAACGUUCCUCCUAGCUGGAUUCCAGGGUGCUGAGGGUCGAGGGAGAUCCCAAACAAAAGGGUGAGUGGGAAAAGGGAACCGAAGGAGAGCCGAGGACUUGAAAUGUAUUCUAAAUAUCACAAUGUGUUAUCAUUUUUUUUUAGAACGCAAAGGUGCCAUCAUUGAGAGACCAAUUUAUCGUUGAAAAGAUGAGCAGAGUAUAUGAGUGAUAUUUAUCCAUUUAGAGUAUAUCCAAAUAGAUUUAUUUAUCUUUAUGGGUGGAGCGUUUGUGACAUUGUUGUUUUUGUUCCAAAUGUAUGAACUGUCUGUUUUUUUCACUGGUGAAACUGUUUAUUGGCACGGGGAAGGAAUGGUUAUGAGCUUUGUUUGUCUUUUUUUUUUUUGAGGAUGUGCACCUGAUUUUGUUUUAUGCAAUCCUUUUUAAAAAAAAAAAAAAAACAUGCUAAUCUGCAUUGUUUUUUUUCCAUAGAGAGCCUUGAUAUGCUUUUUGAAAAUCAGCUGCACAGCUUCAAGUAACUAAGGCCAUGUGAAAAAGGCAUGUUUACAUGAUGCAAUGUUAUUGAAUGAUCCAACUGUGUAACCCAGUGAGUUGUAGAUUGUCUUGAGCAUUUUUAUUGUGCAUUGAUCUCCUGAGUGGAUUUCGGCAUGCAUGCAAUGUAAGAGACUAGCAAAAGAGCGCGAUGAAAGUAUCAGAAAAAAAAAACAUUGGAAAAUGUUGCACCUUGAUUUUUAAAGACAAGUGGGAGAGUGGUUGACUGAAGGAAUUUAUUUUGAAAAUUACAGUAAAUGGGGCAGCAUGGCGGUGUAGUGGGUAGUGGUACUGACGCACAGUCGAAAGGUUACGGAUUCAAAUUCUUGGCUCAGGCUCCCUGUGCGCAAUUUUAAAAGUGGUUGCCACAAGAUUUACGAAUUAGGUAUGAGCCACACAGACAUGAUUUUGAAUAUUACCUGAAGUAAAAUGUAAGGACACACAACUCAAACACACACAAAAACAUACCAAAACUUUGGAGGAAAUCUUGUUACAUAUUAUUGCUGUUAAGAUCUUGCAAUAUAUUGUAUUUUACAAUCAGACACAUCUGAUAGAGUGGAAACUUUGAUGAGUUGUGAUUUUUAAUAAUAUUUCUCAUCGGAAAUAGCAUAAAUCAAAGUAUCCAUCCAAAACCGAACCAAAACAAAACAAAACAAAACAAAUGCUGGUUCUGGUGUAAAUUCUUCUCCCUUUAUGUAUAAUUUGAUUCAUAGGAUGCGGGGAGCAUGUCAUGAUAAAUGUGACUUUGUAGGCCUACGCCCCGAUGAGGCCAGUUCUCCUUUUGUUGCUAAAAAGCCAAAGAUGCAUCAAAACACGCACAUAGUUUAUUCUUCGAAACUUUCUGAUCGGAGCAGUAUCACACAUUAUGCUGUCAAAUGCCAAGGUUUUGCUCGAAUUUAGAGGCUAUUGAGGUUCCACACUACUUCCAUUAGUUUUCAAUGGGGCUCUGAUGCAAGACUGUUUGUAAAGUCCAAACCUUACAGGAUCAUUUGGGCAGAUAGAUGACGAUAAUAUAAUUGUAGUGGUUUGUCGUGCAUUGGUGAAUGAGGAUGAAAUCAACACCCAUCGUCCGACAUCCACUAAAAUCCAGACUGGCGCUUAGGCCAUUCGCGUUCCAUUUGUAAAUCUGCGUCAUAACAUAACAUGGCCUUCUCAUGUCAACAAGAUCUAGUUUGUCUUGGAGCGACAAGAACAAAGGAUGUAGCUGACAAAAGCCCUCUUCUCCACUCUCUCCCACUCCCAUAAUCUCUCUGAUUCUUCCAGGUGAUUAUCCCCAGAUUUAGACUCUUCCAAGCAACUUUGACGCUCCUCAUUUGGGAUUGCUGUGUUCCGCUGAAAGUGAGGGGCAGAUACACUGACACGACACUCCACAAUACCUAAUAAUAGAAUUGCCAUCUUGGCUUCCUCUUCAGUCAGAGCUCGUACUUGUAGAAAAGGCUUAUCACUGACCUUGAGCCUUAAAGCCAAGCCAAUGUCCUGUACUAUCUGCAGCUCCUUCUGCAGUCAAUGCCCAGAACGGCUCUCAUCUCCACAACACAGGUCGUUGGGGUUACACUCUAUUUUUAGAGAAUGGUGGACACACACGUUGGACUUGUAUGUAGCUGCCCAAGACACACACGUUGCUUGUAUGUGUGUGUAUGUGUGAAUGUGUGUGUGUGUGUGUGUGGGUGUAGAAGGACAUACUGGGAAAAAUGAGUGCUUUUUCAAGCCUUCAUUUUGAACACAUGAUUCCUUGCAGGCCAACUACUGCAACACAAGCGUCAAUUGUCCACCACUACCCAAAGUAGGCAAAUUUCUUCCAACAUUCCACUACUCUCCACAGUCGACUUUUUUAUUCAUCAAUGUGAAUUUAUGCAAGUUUUUGAAGAUCUUAUUUGCGUAUCUUUAUGACAUGUGGGUUCAUUUUGUUGUCUGUUGCUCUUUUUGUGCAGUAACAUGUCAAAAAGAAUUUUUUUUUGUAUGUAAAAGAUCAAGAGUUAAAAAAAAUUAUAAGAGAAUUUUUUUAUAUUGCCUCCCUUGCCAAAGUGAUAUGCAAAAUUGAUUUGUUUUUUUUAACUGCAUGUGUUAUGGAUAGAUUAAGCAUGUUUCAGUUUUCCUUCACAAUAACUUUAAAUCCUUUUUUUUUUUUUAAAGCAAGCUGUUGCAUCUCAAUGCCAAGUGUGUAUAUAGAUGACCAAGGUGUUCAGACAGUACAGAUAAUAACAACUCAGUGAUUGUAGUUCUACAGACACCCAAAAGAUUUGUAUAACCCCAACAGUCAGCCUUUUACCUUAGGAAGCAUAUGAAAAUACCUUUAAAUUAUUUUACGAGAGGUUCAACUUUACGGGCCGAUAAGUCCAGCAUAACACAGGGUAUGCAGUGCUAUAUAGGGAUGCUAACUAGACCAGAACAUUCCAGGGUUCAGAUCAUAGCACAUUAUUUAAUUAAUAUACAAUUUUAAAACUUUAAUUUAUUAAAUACAAGUUCUGAAAAUUACAUUUGCAAAAUGGUUGUUUCAUUCCAACAGACUCAGGAAAUAAAGUAAUUGUGAUCUUUUGAAACAAAAAUCAUUUUUAUAGAAGUCAAAUUGAUGGUGCUGGUGCUAUUGCAGUUAGACUUCAACUAAAUAUAGACAUCAAUGUGGAUCUUUUGUUUUUCAGUUUACAAAGCAGGUGUCCUUACAAUCAAGCUUGACUGUUACAAAUGACUAACAGCACAAACACCUCACCAAUUUUAUAAUACAGCUACUAACAAUCAGAUUCCUCAGGAAAUCACUAAAACAGAGGUGUACUCGGUUAUCAUGUAAUUCUUUAUACCACUGCCAAAAGAACCUUAAAGCCGUGUUUCCAGCAAGCAGUUCACCUUUUUUCCCCCCUUAGCAAAAAUAAUGAAGAGAUCAUUGUUUUGGCACAGUGUCAAAAGAAGAAAUACCUGUAAGUUAAAUGUGAGGGGUGGGAAUUCCCCCCAAAAUAUUUUUUUCUGUAAUUAACAUCCACAUUCCAAAAUUAAUGGAGACAAAAUGAUAGGCGCCCUCCAUUGUUGCCCUUUGUUUUGUUGUGGCAUAUUUCGUUUUUUUUUUUCUUUUUCUUUAAAUACAUUAGCAGGUUACAGGUGUCAUGCUGUUUUUAUAUAUAACUUUAAUUUCCAAAUUUUACAAUGACAAAUGAGCUGCACUGUUUGGUUGAAAGAUGGCUUCAGGUGAAUUGAGAAAUUCCAUUUCUCCGGGAUUUUCAGCCCAUGUACAUCCAAGGGCUUUCGACUUUGAUACAAACUUAAUGAAGCCAUAGUUUAAGAAAGAAAAAAAAUAACUUCGGAACACUAGAUAUAAGUAAGAUUUUAUCAAUAGGAUGGGGAGAAAAGCUAUUUAAAGCACUGCACUGGGGUUUCAACUGCAGGCCAACUUAGAUCGAUUUCAGCUUUCACUAAUCACUAAUCUACGAGAGUGACAAUAGUGAUUACUUUAUCUAAUUACAGUGAGUGAAAGAUUCCGGCACAGUGGAUUUGAUUGAAGACCCCUGUGCCACAGUCACUCAGGCUCAAGAUCUUGAUUGUGACCUGUAGUCCUUUCAAUUUCUGGACGAUCAUUUCUACAAUAAAUAAGUCCAAGUGUGGAAAAGAUUUUACAAGUUGACGGACCACCAUUGUCUCACUAUGCAUGCAUGCACACACUAUAGGAGUGGCUUCUCUUACUGUGAGGGGUGUGAAUACUGCACCAAUAUUUCCCAUCCCACAGGUCAUUCAUAUUUAAUUGAACAUUAUGAACAACACAAACAAAUCCAGCCCUUGAAAUGUGAGCAUCGACUUUGUGACCAUUAUGUGCGAUAUAUGUACAGAAUUUAAAAAGGUUCAAUAAAAACUGUGACCAUAAAUCCAACAUACAAAACACAUUCUUUGUGCUCUUUAUGAAAAUCUCUUGAACUGCAGAUUCGAAGGUGUACUGUACCUGAAGAACCUUAAAGGUUUACUGUAUAUUCCUGACUGAUGUUCUGUAUGUAAAGACUGAAUUAAACCUUGAAUGUUACAUCAU